AUGAAGCAUGCUGGCUUCGAGGAGAUGGCUAAGAUUCUGGCGACGGUCGUGGCUGACACACCUGCCGUUGCAUAUGAAGAGAAACUACGAUUAAGAGAAUAUCAGGAAGAAUGCAUCCAGUCUGUUCUCUCAUACCUCAAGAAUGGCCACAAGCGGUUGGGAGUUUCCCUAGCGACGGGUAGUGGAAAGACAGUCAUCUUCACUCAGCUCAUCAAUCGACUCGAGCCUACGAACACGAAAGCGACGCGGACCCUGAUCCUCGCCCAUCGUCGCGAGCUCGUGGAGCAAGCCGCCAAACAUUGCAGAAGGCAAUACCCAGACAAGAGCAUCGAGAUCGAGAUGGGUGAUCAGCAUGCGACUGGGACAGCAGACAUUACAGUUGCAUCCGUGCGCAGUCUUCAGCUUGGCCGCUUAGAGAAUUACGAUCCGGACAGCUUUAAACUUGUUCUCGUGGACGAGGCUCAUCAUAUUGUCGCUUCAGGAUAUCUUGAGGUGUUGGAGCAUUUCGGACUCGAGAAAACUCCUGCACCCACGGAGCAGGUACCUGCUCUCGUGGGUGUGAGCGCAACCUUCUCCCGUUUUGACGGUCUGCGCUUGGGCUCAGCAAUUGAUCAUAUCGUCUAUCAUAAGGAUUAUGUCGACAUGAUUGGUGAGAAGUGGCUAUGUGACGUAAAAUUUACUACUGUGAAAUCUGGUGCAAACUUGUCCCGUGUCAGGUCUAACAAAGAUGGCGACUUUGCAGUGGCUCAGCUCAGCGCGGCCGUGAACAGCAAUGAGAUUAACGAAAUUACAGUCAAAUCUUGGAUGAGCGAGGCGGGAGACCGAAAAUCCACGCUGGUAUUCUGUGUUGACCUGGAUCACGUCGCAGCCCUUACAGACACAUUUCGUACGUAUGGCGUUGAUGCACAGUUUAUUACCGGGAGUACCAAGAAAAACAUUCGAGGUGAGAGACUGGAUGCCUUCAAGAGUGGCAAAUUUCCAGUUCUUCUCAAUUGUGGCGUGUUUACUGAGGGUACAGAUAUACCCGGCAUCGACUGUAUCUUGCUCUGUCGUCCUACGAAGUCACGCAAUCUUCUGGUUCAGAUGAUUGGUCGAGGCAUGCGCUUGCAUCCGAACAAGGCGGACUGCCAUGUUAUAGACAUGGUGGCAUCGCUCGAAACUGGGAUAGUGACUGUGCCUACUCUCUUCGGGCUUGAUCCUGGUGAAGUUGUCAAGAACGCAUCAUCUUCCGACCUCGAGAAGCUCAAGGAACAGAGGGUCAAUACUCAAGAAAAGGCGGCGAACGCAAGCUCAAUGUUUGGAAGUCAAGAUGCUUCUGCUUUCCCCAAUCGGAACCUUACCUUCACUCAUUAUGAUUCAGUCCACGAUCUGCUAGAGGACACUUCCGGAGAGCGACACGUUCGCGCCAUGUCACCGAAUGCCUGGGUUCAGGUUGAUUCGGACAAGUAUAUCCUUUCACCCAGGAGCGGCAUCCUUACCCUCGAACGUCGCCGCCUCACACCAGCUGAGAUUGCCAAAGCGAAUAAAGCUAGCAAGAAAAGCAACAUAGUCGUGGACGGCAACGAGACACCACUCUAUCAUGUCAUCUACAAGUAUCCUCUUCCACUUUCCGAAAACUCCAAAGCACCCUACUCUAAGCCACGUACUAUUGCCACAGCAAGUACACUGACAUCGGCACUCAAUGCAGCAGAUACAUUCGCGGCGACAAAGUUCGAGCGGCUCUUUAUCGCUAAGUCCUCUUCCUGGAGGAGCUCGCCAGCAAGUGAGGGUCAACUUGACUUUAUCAAUAAACUGCGUUACGUCACGGAGGACGAGCCGCUUACUAGUGAGGACCUCACCAAAGGACAGGCUGGCGAUAUGAUCACAAAGAUCAAGUUCGGUGUGCGUGGAAGAUUCGACAAGCUGAUCGUCAAGAAGAGGAAAGAGGAGAAGGAGUUGAACAAAGCGAGGAGUCUUAGGGAUAAGGAACAAUGGCUUGUCUUUGAGAAGUACUUCGAAGAACCUUGGACCGUCACAGAGUAUCCUGAUCUUUGUUUCUCGUUUACACGUGAGGCUUACGCCACUGACCAUGGCCGGCUUCUCGACUAUUUCAACCUUCGCGAACUGAUGCUCGUCAGCCACCAUGUGCGCAAUAAAGUGAAAAAGGUCAUGAGCAUGCAGGGCAGUGGCACUUACGCCCUGUAUCCUCUCACAGCAAGCCCCAUACCGUGCGCUUCCUCGGCAUGCUUCGACUGUGCUAUAAAAACCUACAACACCUCCAAAUGUCCGACACAGGACAAGGUUCUGUCUCUCAGAAAACGUUUUACAAACCUCAAAUGA